UCUCACGUCAACCAUGGAACCUAAUCCAGGCUUAUACAGUUGUGUAUAAAUCGAGAUAACUUCGGCAUAAAGCUCGAAGCCCAACUUACGCAACCAUCCCUUGAACCAGGAAAUACCAAGACUCGGCUCUUCAAGCUUUCAUAGCUCCAUACAUCAUACAAUAGCUCUGAAUAACAACAAUGGCAGCUCCGCCGCCGCCACCUCAAGGAGGGCUAUCUCUCUAUGAGAAUCUGCUGGAUCCCAACGAUACGUCUUCAACCUCAGCGACAAUAUCUUCAGCCCCUGUUCUGUACAGCCAAGCAGAAGACACAUCUGCAGAAAUUGCCGUCAAGAAGCCCAUUGAUCCCGCUCUUCGCUUUCAACCUAUACGUCGUCCACAGGUGAAGCAAGCCAAGCCAAAGCCGGCAUUCCCCAAGCCAGCUGUUUCUAAGCAGGCUUUGAAUUCUGCUCCUCCCGCUCCUGUGCAACCGAAGACUACGCUUGCAGACUGGGCCGCAACUGAGGAAGAUGAGUGGAUGUAUGGUAUGGGUGAAAAGCGUCAGCGUGGCGGUCGCAAGAAGAAGAAAAAGAGACAACAAGAGGAAUUUGAGACGAAUUGGGAUGAUAUUUAUGACCCUACACGGCCAACUAAUGUUGAAGAGUACUUGCAUAGUGAUGAGAAAGUCCAAGAGGUCAGAGAUUGGAAAGCCUUGCUUUAUAGGCACCGGCGUAAACGCGACGAAAGCGACCUCUCAGACGAGGAAGAGGACGAACAAACCCGUCAUGUUCCCUCAAAUCAGUUCGCUCCACCUUCGUCAUAUGCUUUCGUACCACCACCGCCUCAAUCACCCCCAGCACCACCUCCAAGCGAUGUUAGUGGGGACGAUGCAUUUGCUCGCCGCUUAGCUAUAUCUCAAAGGGACGCUCCUCCUCCUGCACAGGCAUCACCCUCUCAGCCUUCCAAUCCAGCCACCAUAUCACGUGCUCCCGUAAGAUAUUCAAAGCCACAUGACGACGAAGACGCAACAGGGGAUAAUGUCGAAGACGAUGCGUAUUCCCCGCCUCCAGCUCUUGGGUCUAGUCUUCCUGAACAACCUGAUGACGAUUCUCGGGCUCGAUCAAGCCGUCCAGGCCAGUCUGGUUUUGCCCAUCGAUUGAUGAGCAAAUAUGGAUGGACAAAGGGCAGUGGCCUUGGUGCCGAUGAGUCAGGAAUUGUCAAUCCUUUGCGUGUUCAAGUCGAGAAGCGGCGGAAGAAAGCCGACGCAGAUGGUGGAGGAUGGGCCGAGCCAGGUGGUAAGGGUAAGAUAAUUGGUGGGAAGCGCAAAGAGGAAAAUGCAGGCAAGUUCGGUACUAUGAGUGACGUCAUAGUACUGCGCAAUAUGCUUGAAAAUAUGCCCAAUCUCGAGGAGGAGAUUGCAGGAGGUUUGGGACAAGAGAUCGGAGAAGAGUGUGGAGAAAAGUACGGGCGCGUGGAGAGACUAUACAUUGACCAGGAAAGUCGCAGAGUGUUUAUCAAGUUCACAAAUCAAGUUUCAGCCCUUCGGGCAGUCAAUGAACUAGAUGGUCGUGUAUUCAAUGGCAAUGCAAUAGUUCCCGAAUUCUUCGAUACAGAAAAGUUUGAGCAGGGGAAAUACCACUAAAAAGAGUGCUUCUUACGACAGGUCAAGGCUAGGCAGUGGGACAGAAGCAAAGAUUAAGAGGCAGAAACAAGCAUGAUGAUACUCAAAUAUUGUCAACAUGGAGACAUAUCCAUUGCAGAUUUGGAAGAAGCAAAUUUGAGCUACCACAGUCGCCAUUUAGCAUGAAACAAGUGAUAUUCCAGUCAAUAUACUCGUAUAGCCUCC